AUGUCGGUAGUUCCGCUCUUGCUGCUCUCCUCGCAAGAUGUCGAGGAGGGCACGCUCAAUGCACUCGACUGCGAAGGUUAUCUGGUGGACUCAUGCGAUGGUGGAACCGGUGUGUGCGAGGAACUCUUUGAGAACUUUUUGAGCUUCGUGGCUAAGGCCAAGGAGUACAUGGGAUCGUGUUUGAGCUGCCAGAAGGCGGGCGUGUGGGGCUGCGCAACGUGCCUCUACCAGAACCACUGUCCCACCUACAACGACGCGUUGGUGGCAGCCUUGGGCGCGGAGCUGUUUGGGAUACGCGAAGCAGCGGAGGAACCCACCACCAAGCACGCCGACCGACCAGCUCCCCAGGAGAAGGAGGCCGACGGUGCACAGGACGACCAGGAAGCCCUGCUGGACCAGUUCGUUGUGCCCACCACCAAGCGGUUGGUGGACGACGAGGAAGAGGAAGAGGAGUUGGAAGUGGCCGACGAUUGGGAAGGGGAGACCACUGCUGGUGACGAGUUCAACCACCUGUGA